CCGGAAAGUAACAGAGAAAGAUGACUGGACCUUGCUUCAUUUCCUUCUUCCUUCUCUUCAACUUGCUUCCAUUCUUUCAAACUCUCGAAGCUUCUCACUGCUCCAUCAAAGGGUUACCUCUGGUGAGGAACAUUGCUGAUCUUCCACAGGAUAAUUAUGGAAGAGGAGGUUUAUCCCACAUAACUGUUGCCGGUUCUCUCUUGCAUGGGUUGAAAGAAGUUGAGGUUUGGCUUCAAACAUUUGCACCAGGAUCGCGCACGCCGAUCCAUAGGCACUCUUGUGAAGAAGUUUUUGUUGUUCUUAAGGGCAGUGGCACUCUAUAUCUCGCCUCGAGUUCUAAUAAGUACCCUGGAAAACCGGAGGAGCACUUUAUAUUUUCGAAUAGCACGUUUCAUAUCCCUGUCAAUGAUGUUCACCAGGUCUGGAAUACAAAUGAACAUGAGGAUUUGCAAAUGCUUGUGAUAAUAUCUCGGCCUCCUAUCAAAGUGUUCAUAUAUGAAGAUUGGUUGAUGCCUCACACUGCAGCUAAGUUGAAGUUUCCCUACUAUUGGGAUGAGCAGUGCUUUCAAGUACCUCAGAAAGAUGAGCUUUAAUUUUUGAAGACACGCCCCUUCACAUGCUUCUAUAUGAACACUGUAAUGGGGCCAUUCCCAUUUUACUGCUCAGAUUACUUUACAAAUUACAUAAAGAUUACAACAUCUUAGCUUAGUGUGUAUAUUUUCCCACUCAUUUUGAAGUCUGAAUCCAUUUUCUAUUUUCAUUUCA